GAAGUCGUUUCCUAUUUCUGCCGUGAAGGUGCGCCCGUCUUUUCCUUCCCGAAAGAACCCCCUCCCCUCUUCAGAGUUCCAGGCGGAACUGACUCUUAGGAAAGCCGAGGGAAAAAGCGGUCCAUUUCCUUCCAUUCUUUUGGUUCCUAUUGGAGAUGAAAGUGGAGGUCUCAGCCAGUUCUGGAGCUGGAAAGUAGCCUAAUGAUAUGGAGAAUUGGAGCAAAGAGGAAAUCCCAGUAGGAACUGGACAGAACAACCUUGAUACGGACUCUCUUGACCCAGAAGUCCAGUGCCAGGAUUUUCGGGAAUUCAGCUACCAGGAGGAUGAAGGGCCCCGAGUGCUUUGUAGCCAACUUCAUCGUCUCUGCCGUCAGUGGCUGAAGCCAGGAAAACACACCAAGGCUGAAAUCCUGGACCUGAUUGUCCUUGAACAGUUCCUGGCUGCCCUGCCACCAGUGAUGAAGAUCUGGGUCAGAGAGUGCAAGCCGGAAACCACUUCGCAGGCCGUGUCCCUGGCGGAAGGUUUCCUCCUGAGCCAGAGAGUGGAUAAGAAGGAAGAAGAGGAGCUGGUGAGAGUUCAGGGUUCUUCCAAAUCUGACCCUGGCUCCCCUCUGGCAGUGGACUCCCCUUUGUCCCUCAGGCAGAGGCCACUACUCCCGAGGAACAGGCUGGAGGGGAUCGGAGGAGCCGUCUCACAGGGCACUGAAAAUAUGCAGGGAACCUCUCCCUCAUCUCUCCUUUGCGGAGGAAUGGAAGCUGUGCCUGUGCAGCCAGAAGAGGGUCCUGUAACCUUUGAUGAUGUUGCCGUGAAUUUCACAGAGGCGGAGUGGGCAUUGCUGGAUCAAAACCAAAGGGCCUGCCACAGGGACGUCAUGGAGGAGACGCGUGAAAAUGUGGUGGCUUUGGCCCGUGAUGUAAGAGACAGCAAGAAUGAGGAAGAAUUGCAUGGGGUAUGCCUGGACAGAGUCAUUGGUAAAGAGAGUGAACAUCAAGGAAGGAGAAAUGAGGCAAAAACACAUGGAAGAAAUGAAUCUUCUGCUUCUCCAGACAGAGAUUCACAUGAUGCCUUGCUCCAAGAAAAUGCGGAGAAAAGCAAGGAAAGGGGUAAAUGUCUGUGCAUAAAUAACUGCAGCUGUAAAGUCAGUGUAAGUGCUAAUUGGACAGUCCACAUGGGAAAGAAACUGCUGGAAAUCCCAGAAUGCGCCACAAAUAUUAGUCCUAAGUCAGCGCUUGAAAUUCAUGAAACAUUUCAAUGCUUGGAAAAUGGAAAGAGCUCCCAGCAGAGAGCGAGCCUCAUUUUCCCUCAGGGAACUGACACAGAGAAACCCUUUAAAUGUGUAGAGUGUGGAAAGAGCUACAGCCACAGCACAUAUCUGCUUUCUCAUCUGAGAACCCACACUGGGGAGAAGCCGUUUAGAUGCUUGGAAUGUGGAAGGUGCUUUAGUCACAACACAUAUCUCGUUUCUCAUAUGAAAACCCAUACAGGAGAGAAACCAUAUAAAUGCCUGGAAUGUGGAAGGUGCUUUAGUCACAGCACAUACCUCGUUUCUCAUAUGAGAACCCAUACAGGGGAGAAGCCAUUCAAAUGCCUGGAAUGUGAAAAGACCUUCCGUCACAGUGCAGAACUUACUUUUCACAGGCGAAUCCAUACCGGGGAAAAACCAUUUAAAUGCUUGGUCUGUGGAAAGUGCUUCAGUCGAAAUGCCUACCUUGUUCCCCAUAUGAGAACCCACACAGGGGAGAAACCAUUUAAAUGCUUGGAAUGUGGAAAGACUUUCCGUCAGAGUGCGCAACUUACUUUUCACAGCCGAAUCCACACUGGGGAGAAACCGUUUAAAUGCUUGGUCUGUGGAAAGUGCUUCAGUCGAAGCACACACCUUGUUCUCCAUAUGAGGAUCCACACAGGGGAGAAACCUUUUACAUGCUUGGAAUGUGGGAAGAGUUUUGGCCAGAGCACAACCCUGAAUAACCACAUGAGAAUCCACACAGGGGAGAAACCGUUUGCAUGCCUGGAAUGUGGGAAGAGCUUCAGCCAGAGGGCACAACUCACUUCUCAUCAAAGAAGCCACACAGAGGGAGAGAAACAGUUCAAAUGCUUGGAGGGUGGAGAGUCCUUCAGGAAGAGCAGACACCUUAUUUCCCAUCAAAAAAUUCACCCUGGUGAGAAUGCAUCAGAACAUACACCAGGGAGGACAGAAUCUUGUUUCCUGUAGACACAAAGAAUGGGCACAGAUUUCUUUAGUUCUCAAGAAAAAAUGUGGGUGGAAUCUGGUUUUCCAAUUAUUAAAAUAUCUUGCAUUCCCCUUGUUUCCUCUUUGCUGCCUUUUUCUAUUGGCAUAGUAUGAAAAUUGCUGGCUUAAUACCUCCAGCUGUGCAGCAAAGAAAAAAUCCAGACAGAGCAGAUUAUUAUAUAAUUACAGAUAACCCUCAAUAUACCAUCCUUUAUUAGUUUAGAUUUACCUCAACUGGCAUUGUAGCAUGAAUAGAUUCAGUCAGAAACUGGUGUUGAGAAAUAAUUUAAAAUGCUUUUAUUUUACUCACAAAUCUGUUGAGCAGAAUAUGUGCUAAAAUGUUGGUUGAAAAAUUAAAAUUUGUUACACAGUG